AUGGCCUCAUUGUCUCUGGCCGUGAACCUCAUCUUGUACUUCAUGGAAGUCAUGCACAUCCCCCUUUCUGACGCCUCCAACCUGCUGACCAACUACAUGGGCACCAGCUACAUGGUCGCCGUGCUCAUCUCCGUCUUCGCCGACAUUUUCAUCGGCAGAUACAUGACCGUGAUCAUAUCAUCUCUGAUCGAGCUCGUGCUUGCAUCUCUCCCUUGUGGGCGUUUCUUGCAGGGGCUCCUGCUGCUAAUGCUGCAGGCGCACAACGACCGGCUGCUGCCGCCCAAGUGCGAGUCCCUCCUGGACCCGAACUGCCAGCGGGUGCACGGCAGCAACGAGGUGCACCUCUACCUGGCGCUGUACCUGAUCGCGAUCGGGUCGGCGGGCAUCAAGGCGGCCCUGCCGGCGCACUGCGCCGACCAGUUCGACGAGAAGCACCCCAAGGAGAAGCUGCAGAUGUCCAGCUGCUUCAACUGGCUGCUGCUCAGCCUCUGCAUCGGCGGCGCCAUCAGCGUCACGGUGUUCGUGUAUAUCCAGAACAGAUGGGGCUGGUACAGGGGGUUCGCCGCCGCCACAGGCGUCAUGGGCCUCGCCAUCAUCGUCUUCAUUGCCGGCCUGCCGAAGUACCGCAUCGCCACCGUGCAGGGCAGCAGCGCGCUGACGGAGAUCUUCCAGGUUUACGUCGCUGCGUUCAGGAACAGGAACCUGCCGCUCCCCGAGAACCCCGACGAGCUGUACGAGAUCAGCAGGAACAAAGCUUCCCCGGACACGGAGUUCGUGGCGCACAGGGACAGGCCCUUCAGAUUCCUGGACAGGGCGGCCAUAGUCCAGACAGCGAAGGACGCGGCGCCGAACCCGUGGCGGCAGUGCCGGGUGACGCAGGUGGAACACGCCAAGACGGUGCUGGCCAUGGUGCCCAUCUUCUGCAGCGCCAUCAUCAUGGGCACCUGCCUCGCGCAGCUGCAGACCUUCUCCAUCGGGCAGGGCAACACGAUGGACACGAGGCUCAGCAAGCGCUUCAGCAUGCCGGUGGCCUCGAUGCCCAUCAUCCCGCUCGUCUUCCUCAUGUUCGCCGUUCCCAUCUACGAGAUCCUCUUCGUGCCAAUCGCGCGCCACCUGACGGGGAUCCCCACCGGCAUCACCCACCUCCAGCGCGUGGGUGUCGGCCUCGUGCUCUCCAUCGUGUCCAUGUCCAUCGCCGCCGUCGUGGAGGUGAAGCGCAAGAAGGUGGCCGCCAGGCACGGGAUGAUGGACAUGAUCCCGGGGAGGGACUACCUGCCCAUGUCAUGCUUCUGGCUGGGGCUGCAGUUCUCCGUGUUCGGCAUCGCCGACAUGUUCACCUACGUCGGCCUCAUGGAGUUCUUCUACUCGCAGGCGCCACGGGCGCUCAAGUCCAUGUCGUCGUCGUUCCUGUGGUGCUCCCUGUCGUUCGGCUACUUCAUGAGCACCAUCAUCGUGCAGGCCGUGAACGCGGCGACCAAGGGAUCGACGGCGAGCGGCGGGUGGCUCGCCAGCAACAACAUCAACCGCGACCACCUCGACCUCUUCUUCUGGCUGCUCGCCGUGCUCAGCACCCUCAACUUCUUCAACUACAUCUUCUGGGCAAGCUGGUACAAGUACAGAAAUGCAUUGCCCGCGGACGCACCCGAGCAGCAGCAGCAGCAAGUGUGAUGCAUCGUGUAGCGGUUAUCCUAGCCAGUCUCUUCAUUCGGGAGUCCUCUUCGUGAGCCUUUUCGUUGCUAUACCGGAUACGUGCAAACUUCGUCAUGUUGCUGUUUGAGGCCACCAGAACGUUUUCCUGGCACUUGGCAUCACUAAGCAGAGUGUGUGUGGAGUGAUGGGAACCUCCUCUGUAUGAGGACAGAGCAUUUUUUUUUAACGAACUCUUUGGCCGGUCAGCACAGAGCACAUAAGCUCCUGCGGAAAUGGCUUGGGUCGGGUUUUAGUUGUUGAAGCUUCUUGUUUAUAAAGCUGAAACUAUUUGAAGA